GUAGCAGUGUGUCAGAGUCUUUAGUAUAAAAAAAGUAGGUAUUUUAAUGUUAACAUCUACUUUAAUGCAUGGCUACCGGGAGCUUCUGGCAAAUCUUCCUGGCCGCCGUGUUCGGAGUGUCAGGGGUUUUGGCUGUUCUUCCUCCUCCUGAGAAUGUGAGGAUCUUCUCUCAAGACUUGGGACUGAUCCUCCUGUGGGACCCACCAGCAAACACCAGUGACAAGCUCAACUAUACCACAGAGUACAGGACCUCCGGUCAUUUGCCAGGAUGUGUGAGCCAAUCAGAGACUAGCUGUGAUGUCACCAACAAAAUCAGUGUCUUUGGCACAUACCAGCUGCGCGUGAGGGCGGAGCUACAGGAAGAGGCCUCUGAUUGGGUGACCUUAGAUGACUUUACUGUGGAUGAUAUGACCAAUAUCAGCGCGCCCUCUGUGAAACUGUCGACCCGGCAGGGGGAGAUUGAGGUGCAGAUCUCAGACCCCGUCAUGAGACUGGGGAACUUUCAGGAGGUGUACCAGCCAGUGGAUUACAUCAUCACCUACUGGAGAGAGGGAGACACACACAGAAUUCAGCAAAAAAGUGACCAGAGUCAUGUGAUCUUGACGGCGAAUCAGCUGACUGCUAAGGCGAGGUACUGUGUGCAGGUGCACAUCCAAGUCCGUUUCCUAAACAAAAACAGCACCGCUAGCAACGACACCUGUCUGACCAACUCAACUCACGGUGGGCCUCCUCUAACUUCAUACAAAGUGGCUGUAUGGCAGAUUCUGUUGCUGAUGUUGGCCAGUUUCCUUGCUGUGGGGUUGGGGGCGCUGCUGCUCUUCCUGGUGGGAUGGACCUCCUACAGGGGCCUGCGCUACGUCCUGCCCAAGGACAAGCUGCCGGAGCAUUUCGUCAAACAGUAUCUGCUGGAGACCCCCCUCUCUCUGCUGGAGCAGGCCAGAGGACCACCAGUGGAGCUCUACCACCAGCUCAGCAUUGUCAUGGAGGCUCCACAGCCCCCUCUGCUGGCCGGAGUUCAACACUGCAGCUCCCACUCCCACCCACAGCAGCCAGAGGGGAAGGGAGGAACAGAGGGAGAGAGAGAGAGAGAGGAGGAGGAACAGAGAGAGAGUGGAGGAGGAGAAAUAGAAAGGAAGGGAGAUGAUGGGAUUCUUAACUCUCAUUGAGAGGAGGAGCUUAAGUUCAUGUUUGUAUGAAAGACAGGGUCAUAUUUAUACUGAGUGAGUGUGUGUGUGUGUGUGUGUGUGU